AGCCUUCAUGCAAAUUGUAGAACCAGUAACAUCCGUUCUUAAUACGUCUAAAGUAGCGAAUGCUACGCUACUUGAAACUUCAUUUUUGGAUGCAAUCGGUCGCUCUCCUACGCAACAAAACGUACCGCCGGCCGAACCACAACUCCUUACCAAUGCGUCAA